AUGAAGGGACUUACUCAAAAAGAAUUAGAUGCCCUGGCUGACAAGGAGGAGGAAGAAGCUCAGAGCAUGGAGCUUGACUUGGCUGAUGAUGACGACGACGAAGACGAUGAAAUGGAAGAUAUGGAUGACGAUGAUGAAGGAUUCGAUAUACAGGAAGAGGAAGAUGACGACGAAUAUGUCGAUGUGGAUGAUUACGAGAUGACGCCUGUUGUUUCUGAAGAGGUGGAUGCUACUAAAGGAAAGGCCAACUCAAGGAAGAGAAAUAGAAGAGCUACUGUUCUAGAUGAUGACGAAGAGGACCUUGAUGUUGAAGAAGAAGAAGAAGAAGAAGAAGAAGAGGAACUGGAGCCAGAGAUAGAGGAGGAGGAAAUUAUAGACCAGGAUGUGGUGGAGGGCCCAGGUGACGACGACGACGAUGACGAGCAAAUACACAGUGGAAAUAAUAGCAGCCGCUCUACAGUAACAGGCAUGACCACGAUUAACACCCCCAAAAGCACCAAAAUGCUAAGGGACCUAAUGGACGACGAUGCAAGCAAACCUGUGCUAACAGAGGAAGAAUUACAGUUACGAAGAGCAGAAAACCAAAGAAAGAGAAGGAAUUUGAAAGAGAAAAAGCUAGAAGAGGAGAAAAGAGAGACUAUCAACAAGCUACUGAAGAAGAGAGCCAGCAAGUCUCGUAGUCACAUCCCGAAGGAUAGUGGACCACGGGACAAGACAGACGGUUCUCUCUCAGAGAACACUUUUGACAAGCCUCGCCGACCAUACAACAGCACAGGGAUGAUAAGGACAGUGAGAAGACUAGAGGGUGACCUAUAUACGAUAUUAUAA